AUGACCAUCCGCUCCCAUCAGGUGUUCAUCACUGACUCAUCGCUGGAGAUCACUUCGUUUGCGCUGUCCCUGCUGCUGGUGUUCAGGACUGACAGCAGCUACGCGCGCUGGGAGCAGGCGCUGCAGUCGUGGGAGAAGGUCAGGGGCGAGUGCAAGGACCUCGCGCGGCAGGCGUGCUACUUUGUGGCGGAGCCGACCCGCAAGGCCAUGCUGAUGCGCUGGGCGGUGGCGUUUGGGCACUCGCUGCUGUGCCACGUGCGGUGUGACGCGAAGCUGGAGGACCAGCUGGACGGGGUGCUGACGUCAGAGGAGGUUGAGGCCGUCAGCGCCGUCGGCCCCAGCAGCGCGCCCUCCUUCGUCCUGCAGGUCAUGAGCGAGGUGGUGGAGCAGUGCAGCCUGGGGGAGCACCGCGCAGAGCAGCUGCACUCCUCAAUCAAGGUAUUGGGCAUGCAGAUCGGGGCAUGCGACAAGCUGCUGCGGUACCCAAUUCCCCUCGCCUACACCCGCCACACCAGCCGCUUCAUGUUUGUGUGGCUGACAGCGCUGCCCUUUGCCCUCUACGAGGCCGGGCUCAGCUGGGGUGCAGUGCCCAUCACCCUGGUGAUCAGCUACCUACUGCUGGCGGUGGAUGAGAUCGGGGUCCAGAUCGAGGAGCCGUUCAGCAUCAUGCCGCUGGAGGACAUACUGUACGACGUCCAGUCGGAGACCACGGCCCUCAUCGCCCGCCAGGACGUGGUCGUGGACCUGCUCAGGGCAAACGGCGUCGAGUGCGACCCCCGCAGCGCCGCCGCGGCCGCGUGCGCGGUGUGCGGCGAGCCUGGCGGGGCGGCAAACGGAGGAGCCGGGAGCAGCGGCGGCGGCGGCAGCGGCGGCGGCGGCGGCGGCGGUAGUAUUGGGGGCAAGUGGUCGGACUCGCUGCCAGAUGCGGUGUCCGCGGCGUUUGGCAGCGGGGAUUACAAUCUGCCGUGA